AUGGCUCGUCAAAAAAGGAGGAGAGUCCAUGACGAGCUGGAGGUGUCUCUGGCAAGGGACCAAACUAAACAGACCCGCUAUAUGGGGUCUCUUGCGGGGGAUCUCUCACGGGUGGCUGCUAGCCUGGAGUCCUCUGCAGAGAGCCAGGCUGCCUGCACUCUGGCAAUGAAGGAGGCCAUUACUCAGCAGGCUGGCCAGAGUUUACUAAUAAACGACAGCCUCCAGGACGUGGUGGGUAACGGGGCAGCCCUUCUCAUGUCUCUGGGUGAGCUUCAGGCCACCACAAGCGAGCUGGUGGCAGAGGUCCGCAGCCUGGCAGGUGCAGGGGUCUAUCAAAAUAAUGUAACUUAUAUUGUACUAACAGGUUUUCCAAAUCUAAAACACAUUAAAAUUCUAUUUUUCUUGGUGCUUGUUUUCAUAUAUUGUGUUACUAUUUCUGGAAAUCUUGUUAUUGUGAUUUUAUAUCAUCUGAGUAAAACACUUCAGUCUCCCAUGUACCUCUUCAUCACCCAACUAUCAUUGUUUGAUAUAAUUCUGUCUACAGAUAUUCUUCCCAACCUUCUUUAUAUCAUCUUACAUGAUGGAUGCACCAUGUCUCUUGCUGGAUGUAUCAUCCAGUUUUCGUUCUUUGCCCAUGCUGAGGCCUCAGAGUGUUUUCUAUUGACUGUGAUGUCCUAUGACCGGUAUUUGGCUAUUUGUAAGCCCCUGCAUUACAACUCUAUAAUGAACCAAUCUAUUUGCAUUAAAUUAGUGAUUAUUAUUUGGUUACUGGGUUUCAAAAUGACAUUGGUUAAUUCUAUGUCUUUGUGCAGUUUAUACUAUUGCGGACCAAACAUCAUUCAUCACUUCUUCUGUGACUAUCUACAAAUAAUUGAGCUUUCCUGCUCCGAUACUUCAUGGAUUCAUAUUCAGACCUAUCUAGUAGGGCUCAUCUGUGUCAUAGCACCUUUUAUUAUAAUUGUUAUAUCUUAUAUCUGUAUUGUUAUAACCAUCCUCAAAAUUAAAUCCAAUACAGGAAGAAAGAAAGCCUUCACCACCUGCAGCUCUCACUUGACCGUAGUUUGCAUUUUUUUUGGGACACUAAUUGCUGUGUAUAUGUUUCCAACAAAAGGACAACUAGAUAUUCUAAGCAAGGUCCUCUCUCUCUUUUACACUAUAAUGACUCCGUUGCUCAAUCCGAUCAUAUACACCUUCAGGAACAAGGACUUUAAAAAAGCUAUUGAAAAAAUUAAAUAAAAAUAAAUAAAAGUUUUUCAACAAGGCGCAAUAUCAAUGAU